AUGCCCUCGCACUUCCUCUCGCUUACCGCAUUCGUGCGGGCUUGUUUGUCGAGGCCGCACCCACACCCGCCUGGCGCUGCGCUCUUCCCGUCCGCCUCUACGCCGGCAACCGCAAGGCUUCCGCGAGGGGAGAGCGAUCGCGGGCCGCGGUCGAAUGAGGGGGAGGCGGCGGAUGCGCAACGCCAGGCGGCGGAGCAACGCCUUCCGCCGUCCGUCAGCACUGGCGGCAAAGCGAAGCAACGGAGCGGGCCCUUGAACCGGGUAACGUCCGCGCUGCGCCCCAUGUCCGCCAUGUACCCCCGGCGCAAGCCGCCGGGCCCGGGGGUGCGCUUCGACGACGAUCGCGACGUCCCCUCGCCGAGAGCCGACGGCAGCAACAGCUUACCGAGGGCGAGCGCCGCCGUCGACGCGCAGCCUGACGACGGGAGGGCGCUGACGGGCGGGCAGAAGAAACCGGGGGAGGAAGGCGGAUUGCAAGGGGAGGGCGGUGUGGGGAAGGUGGGGUCGGGGCGGAGCAAGUGGCAGAUGGUGCGGCGGUCGCUGAAAGACAUCAAAGAGGUGGAGCGCGAGCUCAAGGACAUGGCGGACACUGCGCGCGGAGGGGCGGCGGCGGACGACGAGGGCGCGAGUGAGGGCGCGGACGACGACGACCUGGAGCGGCUCGCCAAGGACCUCGAAGCGCUGCGCGCCGAGCGCAAGGCGCGGCAGCAGCAGCAGAAGCAGCAGCGCGCGACGAACCCGAUAGGCAACGCAGGCGGACCGCUGCAGUCGGCGGUGCACGUGGACAUGCCGGGCGGCGUGCGGCAGCGCAAGAUGGUGCGGCAGAGUGUGAUCAUGUGCAUGGACCCCAUGUGCAACCGCUGCCCGCCCGAGAUGCACCUCCACAUGCGCAAAAUGAUGGCCGCCGCCGCGCCCGGCGCCAGCGCGGCGGUGACGCCGGUGGCGAAGGACUACUCGGCGAUGGACUGGAUGCUUGACGACGACGGGGAUGAGGACGGCGACGGCGAGGAGGAGCUGCUCGUCACGCUGCGCUGCUGCGGCCUCCGAUUCACCUACCGCCGGCGGCGCUUCCUGCUGCGGCGGUUCUUGGCGGAGCUGUGGCCGCCGCCGCUGCUGCAUCCGCACAGCUACUACGUGAAGCUGUGGGUGAAGCUGCAGUUCGGCAUGAUGCUCGCCGCCUUCCUGCUCGACCCCUUGUUCCUCCUCGUCCUCUCCGUCUCCCAGGAGGGCAACAUUAGGAACUCGAGUGGCGAGUCGGUGAAGCUGGGCGACCUGGUGGUGGACGGCCGCGCCAUCUUCGUCAACUACCUCAGAACGCUCUUCCUCGCCGACCUCCUCGCCCUCAUCCCCCUCCCCCAGAUAAUCACGGUGGCGGUGCUGCCGCUCUCGCCGGACAUCAAUGUGUCGCAGACGUGGCAGGUGGCGGUGCGCAUCAGCGUGCUGCUGCAGUUCGUGCCGCGCCUCGCGCGCAUGUACCCCAUGCUCUCGGGGCAGGGCAGCCACUCGGUGCUCUUUGAGACGGCGUGGGCGUCCUUCCUGCUGAACCUCGUUGCCUUCUUCAUGGGCUCCAACGUGGUGGGCACGCUGUGGUACCUGCUCACCAUGCAGCGCACCGCCACCUGCCUCGUCAACUCCUGCCUGCCCGACUCCUCACCGCCCUGCAACCAGUCCUUCCUCAGCUGCCCGGGGGAGGGUACACCGGGGUACAGCGGCUGGCUGGCGGGCAGCAGCGACAUGUACAACACGUGUCUGAGCAGCAGCGGCAUCAGCAGCGACUUCUACGGCAUGUACACAACGGGUGUGCGCGUCGUGCAGCUCGGCUCCUUCUUCUCCACCUGGCUCUACUCCCUCAUGUGGGGCUUCCAGCAAAUCAGCACGCUAGCGGGCAAUCUGGUGCCCACCACGGAGGUGGGCGAGGUGGUCUUCAUGCUGCUUAUCGUCGCGCUCGGGCUCUUCCUGUUUGCCUUCCUCAUUGGCAACAUGCAGAACUUCCUGCAGUCCCUCAGCCGUCGGUCGUUUGAGCACCGGCUGCACCUGAGGGACUUGGAGCAGUGGAUGUCGCAGCGAGACAUCCCCCGCGACCUGCAGAGGCGGGUGCGGGAGCUGGAGCGGUACGUGUGGACGGUGAACCAGGGCGUGGACGAGGAGGAGGUCAUGACGUCACUCUCCGAGGACAUCCAGAGGGACGUGCGCCGCCACCUCUCCUACGAGCUCAUCACCAAGCACUGUGUGCUGCUCAAGGGCAUGCCGGAGCAGGUGCUGGACGCCAUCUGCGAGCGCCUCAAGCAGCGCCUCUACAUCGACGGCACCGUCGUGCUGCGCGAGGGCUCGCCCGUGUCGCGCAUGUUCUUCGUGCUGCGUGGCACGCUGCAGAGCUCCACCACCAACCGCGGCCGCACCGGGUUCUACGAGGAGGUGCUGCUGGGGAAGGGCGACUUCGUGGGCGAGGAGCUGCUCGUCUACUUCAUUGAGAAGUAUGCCGAGGUGUCCAAGAAACAAAGCAGCCGCCGCUCCCUCCGCCGCGAUGUGAAGGUGGGGUCGGCGGUGAUGCCGGAGAUGCUGCCCAAGUCGGAGCGCACCUUCUGCUGCAUUGGCCCCGUGGAGGGCUUCUCUCUGGAGGCGGCGGACAUUGACUUCGUGUGCACGCAGUUCUUCACCGUCAUGCAGUCCGACCAAGUGCAACACGCCCUCAACCUGUGCUCGUUGAACCGGCGCAUGCGGGCAGCCACGACCAUCCAGGUGUGGUACCGGUCGGUGCUGCGGCGGCGCCUGAAGCUGCCCAUCGAUGUCAUGCGCCAGGCCAUCCGCACCAAGCGCAUCGGAAACCUCCUGCGCUCCCUGCGCGCCCAGGCCUCCUCCACUGAGGCCGGCUCCGGCACGCAUCCCCGCGGGGGGGACGGCUCCGUGGGAAAAGGCUCGGGCAGCGAGCACGGGUCGGCGGAGCACGGGCCUGGCAGGGGCAAGCAGGCGAGCCCAGACAAGAGGAGCGGCAGUGGCAAGGGGGGAGGGCGGGUGGUGUUUGAGCCCAAGGAUAAGGAGAAGGGGAGUGCGAAACGGGGUAAGGUUUACCGCGCGCUGAGGUCGCUGGGAGGUGGAGGCAGGACAUCAGAGAGCCAUGGCAGCGAGGAGGAGGAGGAGGAAGGAGGUGAGAAGAAAGCCGCAAACGCAGAAGCAGCAGGUGACGAGAAAGGUGAGAAUCAAGUGACCGUGGAAAAUGUUGGAGGUGGCGAUGCAAACAGCGUACAGGAAGAAGGCAUUCCCAAGUGA